CCAUCGCCCAUCGCCAUCGCCAGGCUCAUCGCCCACCCCCUGGACAGCAUGUCGUGGCUCUUUCUUGUGGCCACCGUCGUCGGCCCCUAUCUCUACCGCAAGUAUCAAGAAUAUCGCUCGCCCGGCAAGAUCCAGCGGCCUCCCAAACCCCGCACCCAGUACGACACCUAUGCUUCCGCUCUCAUCCUUGGUGCGCUGGCCCUCUGGAUCAUCUUCAGCGCGACGUCAAUCUCCAACAACAUCUUCGCUACGCUCGAGGCAGCUCCAAAUGUCCCUCAGAGCAUCCUCCGCCGCUCGUUCUUCCGAUACAUGGCCCAGACGUUCCCGGGAUGGACCGAGGACUAUCUCGCCCAGGAGAUUGCUGCCGGAAGCACGGCGUCGGGCCUCGAGAGUAUCGCCAGACUAGAGCGUCUGCUAGAGCUGCUGGCGUCGAUCGAGAACCGAGCAAUCUACCUCAAAUUCGGCGAGCUUGCGCUGCUGGACUGCUCGUGGUGCACUUCGCCGCCAGACUAUAUGAUAUUCUCCUUGGCACCGAUGCUGGCUGAGUAUGCCAUGGCUCUGAUUAUCGUGGGGCUCUCCACCAGCACGGCUCGCAAGGCCUUCUGGCGGAUCUACGGAACCGUCGUGAUUGUGGCCCUGGCCUUGUUUGAGAUCUAUGCCUUUCGACUCUUCCCGGACUCGAUCAUCAUCACGCCGUCGCCCUUUAUCUUUGGCGAGACGAUCCGGCGGGCUGGCGUGGCGCUCGUGCUGCUGGCCAUCUGGUUGAUCGAUCGCAAGAACGAGUGGUCGAGCAUCGAGAUCAUGGCGGAGACGAUUGCCAAACAGCAGGCGGUCUACAAGCACUUUUUCGUCGUGCGGCUGGCUCAGGCCGCACUGCUGUCGGAAACCAACCUGCGAAGAAGGUUCAUGGAGCACCACAAGGAGAAGGAGAUCGCCAACGAGGCCAUCUAUCGGGACGAGUCCUUCCAGCAAACGCGCGAGGAGGCCCUACGACACAUCAACGUUGACCAGAUGGCCCAGGAUGCCUCGAACUUCACCAGCGAUGUCUUUGAGACGGCGCUGCGGGAGGGCCUGCUGAGCAGUAUCGAGACCACGCUGCCGUCCGACGCCGCGCUUGAAUCGCAUCCGACUGCCGAGCAUGAAUCGCACCUGGCUGCCGAGCAGAGCCCGGCCGGCGUCGGGCCGAAUGUGGGCCAGGGCGCAAGGAGAAGGGCCAGAGGUGGCCGCUAAGCGGCAGCGGAUCCGAUGCGUUCUUGAAUCCACUGCUGGGCGAUUCGCUUGUUGUCCGUUUCUGGUGAAUAGAUCCAUGUGGUGAAUAGAUCCAUGUGGUGAACUGCUCCA